AUGGGAGCUGCCAGAAGACUGGAUUCCUUCAAGGCCUUGAACUUCAGGGCUGUGCUGACCGUCAGCUGGCUCAUCCUGGUUCACUUCCCUGGGGUCACAUCCACAGUGCCAGCAGAGUGCCCUGACAAGAACCCUGAGCUGCAGCCCUGGAACCCUGGCCAUGACCAGGACCACCACGUACACAUUGGCCAGGGCAGGAUGCUGCUGCUCACUUCUUCUGCCACAUUCCAUUCCAUUGACAUUUCAGAGGGAGGCAAGCUAGUCAUUAAAGACCAUGAUGAACCCAUUGUUUUGCGCACCCGACACAUCCUGAUUGACAAUGGAGGAGAACUGCAUGUUGGGAGUGCCCUCUGCCCUUUUCAGGGCAAUUUCAGCAUCGUGUUAUAUGGAAGGGCUGAUGAAGGUGUUCAGCCAGACCCUUACUAUGGCCUGAAGUACCUUGGAGUCGGUAAAGGAGGCACCCUUGAGUUGCAUGGACAGAAAAAACUCUCCUGGACAUUUCUGAACAAGACGCUUCACCCGGGUGGCAUGGAAGAGGGAGGCUAUUUUUUUGAAAGGAGCUGGGGCCACCGUGGAGUUAUUGUUCAUGUCAUCGACUCCAAAUCAGGCACUGUUGUCCAUUCUGACAGAUUUGAUACCUACAGAUCCAAGAAAGAGAGUGAACGUCUGGUCCAGUAUUUGAAUGCAGUGCCCGAUGGCAGGAUCCUUUCUGUUGCAGUGAAUGAUGAAGGGUCUCGAAACCUGGAUGACAUGGCCCGGAAGGCGAUGACCAAACUGGGCAGCAAACAUUUCCUACACCUGGGAUUCAGACACCCUUGGAGUUUUCUCACCGUGAAAGGAAAUCCCUCUUCUUCAGUUGAAGACCAUAUUGAAUAUCAUGGACACCGUGGCUCUGCUGCUGCCCGGGUUUUCAAACUGUUCAAGACGGAACAUGGGGAAUAUUUCAAUGUUUCUUCAUCCAGUGAGUGGGUUCAAGAUGUGGAGUGGACUGAGUGGUUUGACCAUGAUAAAGUAUCUCAGACUAAAGGUGGAGAGAAAAUUUCAGACCUCCAUGUUGCUUACCCUGGAAAAAUCUGCAACCGUCCCAUUGAUAUACAGGCCACUACAAUGGAUGGAGUUAACCUCAGCGUUGAGGUUGUCUACAAAAAAGGCCAGGAUUAUAGGUUUGCUUGCUAUGAUCAGGGCCGAGCCUGCCAGAGCUACCGUGUGCGGUUCCUCUGUGGGAAGCCUGUGAGGCCCAAACUCACAGUCACCAUCGACACCAAUGUGAACAGCACCAUCCUGAACUUGGAGGACGAUGUGCGGUCAUGGAAACCUGGAGACACCCUGGUUGUUGCCAGUACUGAUUACUCCAUGUACCAGGCAGAAGAGUUCCAGGUGCUUCCCUGCAAAACCUGUACCGCCAACCAGGUCAAAGUGGCAGGAAAGCCGUUGUACCUACAUAUUGGGGAGGAGAUGGACGGUGUGGACAUGCGAGCAGAGGUCGGGCUCCUGAGCCGGAACAUUGUGGUGAUGGGAGAGAUGGAGGAGAAAUGCUACCCCUACAGCAAGCACAUCUGCAACUUCUUUGACUUUGAUACCUUUGGGGGCCACAUUAAGCUUGCACUGGGGUUUAAAGCAGCACACAUGGAGGGCGUGGAGCUAAAGCACAUGGGGCAGCAACUGGUGGGUCAGUACCCGAUUCACUUCCACCUGGCUGGAGAUGUGGAUGAAAAAGGAGGCUAUGACCCACCCACAUACAUCAGGGACCUUUCCAUUCACCACACCUUCUCCCGCUGUGUCACCGUCCAUGGCUCCAAUGGCCUGUUGAUCAAGGAUGUUGUGGGCUAUAAUUCGUUGGGCCACUGCUUCUUCACGGAAGAUGGGCCAGAGGAACGCAACACUUUUGACCACUGCCUUGGCCUCCUCGUCAAGUCUGGAACCCUCCUUCCCUCUGACCGUGACAGCAAGAUGUGCAAGACAAUCACGGAGGACUCCUACCCAGGGUACAUCCCCAAGCCCAGGCAGGACUGCAAUGCUGUGUCCACCUUCUGGAUGGCCAACCCCAACAACAACCUCAUAAACUGUGCUGCUGCAGGAUCAGAGGAAACUGGAUUUUGGUUCAUUUUUCACCAUGUACCGACAGGCCCCUCUGUGGGAAUGUACUCCCCAGGUUAUUCAGAACACAUUCCACUGGGAAAAUUCCAUAACAAUCGAGCACAUUCCAACUACCGGGCUGGCAUGAUCAUAGACAACGGAGUCAAAACCACAGAGGCCUCUGCCAAGGACAAGCGGCCCUUCCUAUCUAUCAUCUCAGCCAGAUACAGCCCUCACCAGGAUGCUGACCCGCUGAAGCCCCGGGAGCCAGCCAUCAUCAAGUACUUCAUAGCCUACAAGAACCAGGACCAUGGGGCCUGGCUUCGUGGUGGGGAUGUGUGGCUGGACAGUUGCCGGUUUGCUGACAAUGGCAUUGGCCUGACCCUGGCCAGUGGUGGAACAUUCCCAUAUGAUGAUGGCUCCAAGCAGGAAAUAAAGAACAGCUUGUUUGUUGGUGAGAGUGGCAACGUGGGAACGGAAAUGAUGGACAACAGGAUCUGGGGCCCCGGAGGCUUGGACCACAGUGGAAGAACCCUCCCUAUUGGCCAGAAUUUUCCAAUUAGAGGAAUCCAGUUCUACGAUGGCCCCAUCAACAUCCAGAAUUGCACCUUCCGAAAGUUUGCUGCCCUGGAGGGACGGCACACCAGCGCCCUGGCCUUCCGCCUGAACAACGCCUGGCAGAGCUGCCCUCACAACAAUGUGACCAACAUUGCCUUUGAGGACGUCCCGAUUACUUCCAGAGUGUUCUUUGGAGAGCCUGGGCCCUGGUUCAACCAGCUGGACAUGGAUGGGGAUAAGACAUCCGUAUUCCAUGACGUCGAUGGCUCUGUGUCUGAGUACCCUGGUUCCUACCUCACCAAGGAUGACAACUGGCUGGUCCGGCAUCCAGACUGCAUCAAUGUUCCUGACUGGAGAGGGGCCAUCUGCAGUGGGCGCUAUGCACAGAUGUACAUUCAGGCCUACAAGACCAGCAACCUGCGAAUGAAGAUCAUCAAGAAUGACUUCCCUACCCAUCCUCUUUACCUGGAGGGAGCCCUCACCAGGAGCACCCAUUACCAGCAGUAUCAGCCAGUCAUUACCUUGCAGAAGGGCUACACCAUCCACUGGGACCAGACGGCCCCUGCUGAGCUGGCCAUCUGGCUCAUCAAUUUCAACAAGGGCGACUGGAUUCGAGUGGGGCUCUGCUACCCACGAGGCACCACAUUUUCCAUUCUCUCGGAUGUUCAUAAUCGCCUGCUGAAGCAAACAUCUAAGACGGGCACCUUUGUAAGGACCUUACAGAUGGACAAAGUGGAGCAGAGCUAUCCUGGCAGGAGCCACUACUACUGGGAUGAGGACUCAGGGCUGCUGUUCCUGAAGCUCAAAGCCCAGAACGAGAGGGACAAAUUUGCCUUCUGCUCCAUGAAAGGCUGUGAGAGAAUAAAGAUCAAAGCUCUGAUCCCCAAGAAUGCAGGUGUGAGUGACUGCACAGCCACUGCCUACCCCAGGUUUGCAGAGAGGGCUGUAGUGGACGUGCCCCUGCCCAGGAAGCUUCUCGGUGCUCAACUGAAGACAAAAGACCACUUUUUGGAGGUGAAGAUGGAAAGUUCCAAGCAGCACUUCUUCCACCUUCGGAACGACUUUGCUUAUAUUGAAGUGGAUGGGAAGAAGUACCCUAGCUCGGAAGAUGGCAUCCAGGUGGUGGUAAUUGAUGGGAGCCAAGGACACGUGGUGAGCCACAUGAGCUUCAGGAACUCCAUCCUGCAGGGCAUUCCAUGGCAGCUUUUCAAUUACAUUGCAACAUUUCCUGACAAUUCCAUAGUUCUCAUGGUGUCAAAGGGAAGAUACAUCACCAGAGGUCCAUGGACCAGAGUGCUGGAAAAGCUUGGGGCAGACAAAGGUCUCAAAUUGAAAGAAAAGAUGGCAUUUGUUGGCUUCAAAGGCACCUUCCGGCCCAUCUGGGUGACUCUGGAGACAGAGGACCACACAGCCAAGAUCUUCCAAGUUGUGCCCAUCCCUGUGUUGAGGAAGAAGAAACUGUGA